AUGACCACAAAAAAGGCUGGAAUACUUUCUAAUGAAACUGAUAAAAUUAAGCAUUCCAUUGCUGGAGCUGUUGCAGGCUGUGUCAGCUCUAUUGUAACGUGUCCUUUAGACGUAGUAAAGACUAGGUUACAAAACCAAGGCAAAAUUGUUGAUUAUAGAGUACCUAUCUAUCAAGGUACAGGAGGAACUUUGAGGCGUAUAUGGGUAGAAGAAGGAAUCCGUGGGUUAUAUCGUGGUCUUGGACCUACAUUAUAUGGAUAUCUUCCAACAUGGGCUAUUUAUUUCAGCGCGUAUGAUUAUUUCAAAGCAGCGUUAGGAGCAGAAACAG